AUGUUAUCAUUUAUAGGACGAUCCCUCGGCCUCGUCCCAGCGUCUCCGCAUAGAUCUUCAUCCGAAUCAGGUUCUUCUGGAUCCCCCUCCAGAAGCCUCGCUGGAUCCCCUACGGACAUAUCCACUCCGGUUACAACUCCUUAUUCCCCGUCCCCAACCGAUGUCGGCCUUGUCCGUGGCCUCCUUAAGUCGACCAACCCUGCGCUACCCACGGAGAUUGCAGACAUAAUUAUCAAUUAUGCGGACUAUUCAGUAAGAGAUGUGGUUACUUUAGACCCCAGUAGCGCUUUUAGCGUCUCUUCACGUGGCGCAGGAGUAUAUGGGUUGGUUCUGAGAGGGCCUCAAAUCAGGGAGUUGAAGCAAGAUGGACUGGAAUUGAGGGAUUUGAAGCUUGAGUCUGUGAGAUUUGAAAUCGCUAGCCAUGAUCAGGGAUGGGGUGGGGAGUUGGGGACAGAAGGAACGUACAAUUCUUCCUUCUCCUGGUUUGAAGCAAAGAUACUUCGUCGUUUACAUCACUUGAGUGAUAAGUUAGAGCCACCACCAGAUUUAGGUCCGAUGGACAAGUAUGCAACACCCGCGGAAUACUCUGACGCCUAUCGACCAGUCGGGUGGAACUUUGUGAAAGAUGGGAAUGGGAGAGUGUUGACUUGGCCUGUUCAGAAGAAUAGUGUUGCAACACGUGAUACGCAGAUUCGUGAAAUUGUAUGGACGGUGGAUAGGAAACAUCAGAAAGAAGAAGUCGUGGAGGAUUCUGGUAGUGGGUCUGGGGAAGGGUUUAUCCGUGCCUUACAGCCUGGCGAUGUGAUAUUUCUUUGGGCUAGAGCUAUCUAUCCUGGAUGGGCAAACUAUGUUGAGGGAGCUAUGAUCGAGAUCUCUUACUCCGGUUAG